GGGCAAAACCCGGAAGCUGAAAGUAAGUUUUGAAUUUCUAUUUUAUUUUCUUUUGCCGCCUUUUCCACCUUCGCGCGCUAUGCGACAACCGCGUUCGUCAUCGGCUGACGUGUCUGCGGGCCUGUAUUCGAUGCCGCAUGCAGAAAAUAAGAUGCAACCCGGAUCUAGAGAACCCUGAAGGGUCGGAUUGCCUUACGUGUCAAAAUAUCAACCUAGAAUCAAAGAAGGUGAUUCAUAGACUUCCGUGUCUGCGGUGGAAGUUGGGCGAGGUUGUCAUGUUCCGUGAUGGCGGCCUCGGACUGACAACUAGAUGGCAUGGGCUGAAGAUGAAGGAUCUUGGACCACGCGACUGGACUUACCCGAACGACCCGCCUCGUAAAAUAGUGGUGACUAUUGGUUGCAAGAGACAACCAAUAGAACUUCUGGUUCGAAGAUUCAAACUUAUCCAUGGCGACAUCACACAUAAGGGUUGGAUCGAUAAGAAUGGGGUUCAGAGAAGGAUCGAAAUACCACCAUACGCGCUCGCGAGUAUACACGAAACCGUAAAACAGUACAAGAAAUAUGUAUUUUGUAACGCGCGUAUAGCUAUAGACGAGUAUGCUCACAAGGAAGGGGUGGAUCCACUAGUGCAGAAGACAUACGCUGCUGCGUUGGAAUACGCUAUAGAGCUUGAGCAGCAACAUCCUUCUCCAGCAAAUGGGGACGACGUGAACCCUUCAGUGUUCUUGAACCAAUACUUCAGUCUGUGGUUUGCAGUUAGGAAUACACUUGGGUCGUCAUUCAUUGUGGGCGAUGAUACACUCGACAUGGAACCGGUAAAGGAUGAGGAUUGUCCGUAUCGCGGGACGGUGUCGAUACCACGGAUGAUUCCGGUACAAUUCGAUUCCCUUGGAUAUUUGAAACUACUGGCGCCGUGGAGAAAGCUAGUGCUCGAAGGGCUGUGGAAGAUGACGGCGAGCAAAAAUCCUAACCACUUUUACCUUAUUUACUUGACGGUAUUCAUGAUGCUCCACGAAGUAUCAUUUAACUGCGCCGACAGAAAACGCCGUGCUAGAGAGAAUAGUUUGAACCGGCCGUAUGAUUUGCUUAAAUUCGUCGAGGAGGUCCAGGAAGGGGCUAAUAUCAUUCUCAGCCAUUGGCAUUAUUAUAAACGUGAUGUUAAUGAGAUGGAGAUUGAAUCUGAAGAAAAGAAAAAAGCAGUUUGGGGAUCAUUGAGUUCACAAGAGACACAACUCAUCGUGGAAACGCGGCAAGCAUACAAAGAGCGAGCCGCCGACCGGACUUUAGAACCGAUGACGUGGGAACAUGAUCUAAUGUUCGUAUCGCAGAUGUUUGAAGAGAACUGGGAGCCUAAGGAUACAUUUAGGCGCUAAAAGGUUGACGGAAGGUGAGGAACUUUGGGAUAUAUAUGCCUGAGGACUACCAAGCACGGAUCGUAGGUUGUUUCAUGUCCACAUGCCGUAGGUAUGAAUGGGAGGGGGUGGUUAUGCUAGGGUAUACAUGUACCCCCGUUGCAGCGAUGUUUUACGAUUGUAAUGACCUCAUUAGCAUAUUUUUCUUGGGAUUGAGGGCUACUCGAACUUAGCUGGCAUGGAAGAUCUGAAGUCUAUUAAAUAUUACAGCGACUAUAUAUGUGCAUUCGGGCGGCACGAGACAAUACAACAUGUUGAACUUAAGCUGUUCAAGAACCAUGAAAACACAUACUUAGGUACCUGUAUCUUUUCUACUUAGGCAUUGAGGGGUUUUUACUGCGAAGCAUUAGUAGCCGUAAAAUAUAAAUUCGACGC